AUUUGAUGUUCUGUGCUGGAAGUGGAAGGCGAAGAGUAGUCGAACUGUUAUUAGGAUUAUUUUUUAAUAUUUAGAACUGUAAAAUUAAUGUGAUCAUGGGUUUUUAACCAAAAGUUGUUUUUUAAAUAUUUAUAUAUCAUAACUCGUAAUUUUAAUUUUAUAAAGCUUUAAUAGUUUGUGAUAAAAAUACAGUUUAAGGUUAGUCGAAUCUAUUUCUUGAAUCUGUCUCAGGAAAUUUUCGUGAUGUAAAUUAGUCUUUAUUCCUUCCAGAAGAAAAAUGGGAGAAUAUUUUGAAAGUUUUCCUGAAGAAAUAACAAAGUGGGAAAUUAUCAGGGGUAUGGUUGACCUACAUCUAGAUGAUGCUCAACCAGUGCAAAAUAAAAAAAUACCCAGUGUUCAGCUCCUUCCACGUCAAGAUGUCAUGCGGUAUGGUUGGAUUCCAAAAAUGGAACAAGUCAUAUACACAAAAUGUAGAGAGUGUAAACUAGUUUUCAAACCCUGGGAUAUUUUGUCACAUAAGUCAUGUUCAGGGAGAAGUAUACCCACAAUACCCCACAGUUCUAAGAAGAAGGUUCACAAUAAAGGCAACUUGAAAAUUCCCAGUUCAACACUCCGUAAACAAGCUGUUAAGGAGUCAGCAAGUCCUUCGAUCUCGAAUCCCGCCGCAUCAGUGCCCGUAUCAACUCCAAGUCCAGCUGUAGCUUCAAACUCGGCGGCAAAUUCAGCUUCAACACCAGCCAAGGCAGUGACCAAAAUGGUGGUUGAUGACAUUACGUCAUCACAACCUAUCAAAACCACUACCACUGCCACUGCUGCUACAGUGAGCAAGUCACAGUUGGCCGUGUCCACCAGUGGUUCGUCCAAACCACAUGUGGCUCAUUCACAGAAAUCACAUCAUACCUCGUGGCCUUCCAGGACUGAGACUGGAGGGUCUAAUUCGGGAUCGUCAUCGAGCCACAGUCACCACCAUGGUCACGGUCACAGUCACCAUCAUCACCACAGCAGCGGCAGCAGUCACAGUAACCAUGGACGCACCAGCUCGAGCAGUUCCAGUAGCAGCAGAUACAAGAAAUCCAAGAAAUCGAACAGCAGCUGCCGAGUGGCCGUCAAGCAUUUCGACCCUGACGUCCACUGUGGAGUCGUGGUAUCGGGCAAGGGGCCUUGCACUAGGUCCGUCACAUGUUCCAACCAUAGGAUCCAGUUACGUAAACUAGUUCCUGGAAGAAGUAAGGACAUCCUUCAAUUGAUAGCUGAGAAAAAGACAUCGAAAGAACAGGCCCCUUCCCCAAACGGAGGAGUACCAGAGGAAAAAGACUCUUUUUCUCAAAGUACUACUUGCGUACCUCUUGUAGAAGCAAGUGCCAGCACAAAUGAACCUGACAAAUCUAAGGCUGCCACUUUUCCUAAGCCUAAUGAUAUACCAUCUUGUCCUAGACAGACUAGCUUAUAUACUAGCGAUAAGAACGAGAAUACGACUGAAAUGGAGAGUAAAGCUGUGAAGGAUGAGGUAAAAGCGAAAGAGGAAGAUAAGAGUGGUUUCAUGCCUAUGAGCCCUAUAUCAGUUGUUGCUCCAGUACCAGACUGGAAGAUGGAUAAAAACGACUACUACCUUUAUCUACUAAAAUGCACGGUACCUGACAAUGAUCUUAAAACAGAGGACGACGUGAAAGUACCAAUAGCAACGACUGCAUCAGUAUUGGUACCAAUCGUUAAUUCUUCGGUAAAGUUCUACCGUUCUCAUUCGAAGCCUGUUACUCUACCUUCUCAUUACCUUCCCACUUAUAAUACGAGGAAAAUCGGUGGGGCUAUUUUGAUAUCCAACCCUCAUGUUGACAGCCAAAGACAAGAAAUACUCAUGGCGAUUAAUAAGCAUAAAAUGAUGAAUAAUACUCACGGGUUCAGGUUAAAUAAUCAUGCAAAUCAUGUAAACCACGUAAACAAUCACAGACCUAAUAUACUGAAGGUUCGAAGCGUGAACAAAGUAAAUUGUAAGAGAAUGGCAACUGAAAAAUUGAACGCUAGUGAAAAUAAACAGUCAAGACUGCAUCCAAAUGUUAACGGGUACAUCCUGCACUCCGACAUAAGUGAAUCUGCUGAGGCCCCGCAGUUCAAUAGCAACAAUUGUCUCCAGCAGGCUUUACUUAAUUUGAAUUAAUACAGUGCCUGGUGCCUUCAGGCACUGAGAUUUCUUUGUUUCACCUGGUUUCCGAGAAUUAGGUAAUGGAAAAGCGGGCUUUUCCAAGUAAGAAACUUGUGAGAUAAUAUGUAUAUUGUGGAAGUUUUUAAUUGGUGAAAAAACAAUGUCACGCCAUGCUAAGUUUCCUUCACGAGAAUGUUCUAUGAGAAAUAUGAUGCUGGCGACAUUUUUUUCAGGUUUUUUUCAAAAGAGUCGGCUUAUUUUAAAUUGUGAUACACAAUUGUAUCGCGUGACACCUAAGAGCCGAAUAUGUACACUACCCAAAAAAAUUAAGGGAACGAGAAAAAAAAUCCAUUUUUUUUUUGGUGAUUCUUGACGGGAUGUGUUUAGAUGAAAAAUGGUCGUAUCUAGAAUUUAAAAAGUCGCUUAAGAACUUUCAGAUUCUAGUUUUCAGGAAUUUUAGCCGAAAAGUUUUAGGAGUAACGGUUUUCACGCAAUUUUAACAGAUAGCGGAAGGACAUUUUCUUGAAAAAUGUUUCCUUAUUUUUAGUCCAUGGGCUUGGCUUUUUUUCUGUUUGGCCAUCAUACGAAUCAGAUAGCAUGUUUAUUCAGCUUCAUUAUUCUGUUUUAAAAAUCCCGAUACGUCCAUUUGGCGCGGAGACAUUCGACUGAAUGAAAAAGGACCCUUUUGUCAUCCACCACUGAUAAGUUGUCGCACAGAGAAUGUAAGGGUAUUUCCGAAAACUGUAAUAAAUCUCUAAGAUUUGAUUACAAUCUUUGAGGAGCUUUUUUGUUUCUUUAGUAUUGAAUUCUAAAAGAGUAAAAAAAGUUACUUUUUGCCGUGUUUUGUAAAAUUUGUCGCAUUCGCAAAAGAAAAAAUGGUUUCUCCUUGUUCAACCAGAUUACAGGAUGUUUUGAUACAAAUUCCUGCUCCUUUGAUUUUUCCAAACUUCGUACAUUGGAUCGAUCUGCCGGCGUGCACGGCUAUUAGAGGUACAUUGAGGUAUAAAAAACCUACAAACAUUACCCUUCUCAUUAGCAGUUCCAAAAAUGAGGUCGAUUUUCCAAAACAAGGCAAAAGGUAACUUUUUUGACUCUUUUGAAAUCAUUCCUAAGGAAACAAAAAAAAUCCUCAAACAUUGCAAUUAAAUCUUAUAGGAGAUUUAUUCCAGAUUUCGGUAGUACCUCACACAAGGCAAACAUUUUCCAAAAAAA